GAGGGCGCGGGCUGGCGGCCGCUGUACGUGCAGCGCGGCGCGGAGGCGCGGGCUGGUGGCGCGCGCAGACGCUGGAGUUCCACUCGCGCGCGGGGCGGGUGGGGCGGGGUGGGGCGCGGGGCGGGCUGCGGGGCGCGGUGUGCGCGUGGCGCGGGUGCGGCUGUCGGCGUCGUGCGCCGCCAUCGACGUGGCGCUGCCGCCCUGCGUGCUGCUGCUGCCGCGCCACCCCGACCUCUCCGACUCCGACGACUGAACGCAUUCCGCUACGUUAUAUUAUAUACUAACAUAUUAAGUCUAAACAAUAAAUGUAUCAGAUCACUUUCUCUUCCGUUUUAUUAUACCCAGGGACUUGACUCUGCUAAUGUUACUUAGCGACAUACGAUUGAUGUCCAACUAAGAUUCAAUUACGAUUGAAGCAUAUGAUAGCAUUCCGCAAUUUGUUGUUGGAAAUAAACAUUUUUAUCCUUUUCUGUGAUUCAAUAAUGAAUCAUGUUGUUUGGCGUCUCUAAAUGAUUUACGAGUCCAAUACGGUUCUAGAGCAGCUAGAGCAACCCUGUAAAGCAAUGGCAGAUCAAUGAAAUGUCAUUCGAAAACGAUUGGUCUCAUAUUAGUAGCAGAAUUACCGCUAAGAAUAUAACUGCCAUUGAGAUUCAAUAGGUAGAUAUCCAAUGGUUGGGGCGGGAAUGAAACAAGUGCGCUAAGUGUCCUACAGGCGGCUGUCUCCGCCUGCAGCGAGCCCGGCACCCGACGCCGGCCACCGGAGCACAGCGCAGCCUCCUGCUGACUACUCACCAGGGGACUGGUCAUGUUCCUCGCUCUCUUCUGGCUUACCUAACUAAUGACGGGAAUUUCGUUUUCUGCGAUUGUAAUGAGACGUACAGCUUAUGUGGCACGGGGCUAAUAGCUCAUGUGACGACUUCACUUUGACCUACAGAUCUUGUUAGCAGUACAAUACGCAGUAGUGGCACGAGAGCGCGGCUCGUGUGUACACAAAGUGGCGCGCGGGCGCCGCUCGCCGCCAGUCCGCGCCCGGCCGCCGCGCUCCGCACGUGUCCGUCGCGCUGUCGCACAUUAACGGCACACCUGUCGCGCGCCGCUGACGGGCCUUAGUUUAUGCUUCGCAUCAUUACAUGUCAUUCAUAACCUCGCGGUGACUAGCUGAGCUAACAUUGUACUAUAGGCUACUACUAUAUUAAGUACAUACCUGUACGUAAGUACCAACACAGACUAGCGAGUACAAAUGACUAGUGUACUUACAUGACGAGUAUGUCACGUUACAAUUCGUGGUUUACCCGAGUGCCCAACUGUACACCAUAUUUUGCAAAGUUUUUCUCAUAACGACUAAACUUCGUUUGUAAGCCGCGGUUCGAAGAACCCGUAUAACAGGUAACAAAAUCGAACAAGAGAAAUAUCCGUAUAAAUACUUGAAAGAAAUUGUAUUUAUAAAAUGAAGCACAGGUUAGGCUCAUAUGUGCACGCUAUGUAGAGUGACGCAGUGACAGUGACGUGUGAUGCCAUGAGGAAGUUCAUGCGCACGCGCGCGGCCGACGCGCCCCCCUCGCCGCCCCCCUCGCCGCCGCGCGCCCCCUCCCGCGCCCCGCACCGCCCGCCGCGCGCCAACGGACACGCCGGCGGCGUGACGCCACGCGGCUACGCGGCGUCGUGCGCCGAGCCGCCGAGCUCCUCGCUGUCCGGGGCGCCGCUGUUCGAGGACGCAGAGUUCUGCGGCGCGCGCGCGCUCGGCGACGCGAGCCUGGCGCGCCGCGUGCACUGGCCGCGCCCGCGUGCGUACCGCAUGCAGCCUCACCACCACAACACUAACAACUUCACCUAAUCCAUUGCUGUUUCACCCACUGUAACCUGGUGCAAUGUACGACGUAAUACUUAUGUCCAUCGGCGAAACGAAUCAUUUCUUGUUUCUAGGCAUUGGACAUAAGUCAAAUGCAAUGAUAGCUAAAUCCUCGUUCCGUGUAAUCUGCACACAGCAGCGCCUACUGCACAGUGAGCGCGGCUGAGCGGUUCGCGACGCACAACGGGACCCGCUUCCGGCGCGUGCUGCGUGCGCCGAUGUGACUCACUUCCUACAUACUAACUACUAUUGCGAUAUCAGUGCACGACAUAUACGAUCCCAAACAUUAUCCACCCGAGCGCGAGGCUCGGCGUGCGCGGACGGCGCGAGGCUCGGCGCGUCGCAACAAAGACAUCAACGCGCGCGCCUCUGUGCGGACAGUUAGCUAGUGUGCCGCUACGUGUACGCAGGAGCUGUGUGCGGCGCCGCGCUUCCGCGGGGACGGCGCGGCCGGCGAGGAGGCGGCGCGCUGGACGGCGCCGGCGGGCGC